AUACUGACAAGCUACCGUCAGUGAAUACCGAAAGUGAUGAGCAGCACAGUCCAGACAAUGGCAGGCAACGAGAUCACGUCCACAUUAUGGGCGCAAUGUUAGAUCGGAGUCAACAUCAUGGGACGAGGGAGUCAAGGGAGCAAGAAAGCCAGGACCUGGAUCCCUGACGACGUUGCUUCUGUCUACAAGCUUCUUCUGCUAGUCCUUGUGCCUCUCGCCGUGCUCCAAGGCCUCCCUCUGAUCUCCAAAGUGAGGAUUCCAUCUGUCUUCGAGGCCGCCGCGAAAGUUCACCCAAAAGCUGACGAUCUCCCUCACCAGGGUCCAGGUAGCGGGCAACUUAGCAAUGAUCCACUUCCUGUUUCAAAGGCCGUCAAUAUGCUGACCUUAAAGUCUGAAUGCCUUCAGAGCAUGGGAAGUUGGCAUUAUCAACCGACCCCGAGAGAUAUUGCAUGGGACGUCACAUGCAGGAAGGAGCUUCAAACAUGUGACCUAAGCUACAUGGCGCAGCUCAGCAUAAACCGCACGGGUCAUUUGGGGAAGCUUGCAGGGCAGGCGCAUUGGUUUGUGAGAGAUGGUCUGAAGUUUCGCUGGGAUACCGAGUCGCAGGACUGCCCGAUGUUGCCGGUGAACAGGACAAACUUCUGCCAUCUCAUUGGCCCCGGACAAAGAAUCCUUGUUCUUGGGGAUUCCAUGAGUGAGCACUUCGCGGUCGCGCUUAAGAGCCACCUCCACUGGACCUUUGGCAACAAGGCCGAGACAAGAACGCUCUCGUCAAACGAUACUACCUGUACUCCUGCUCGGGACCUCUGUGCUGACGUGUUUCUUACGUCUGCACACGAUACUGAGACGGUCAAAUUUGUUAGAAGCGAUCAGCUCGGCCAUGUGGACGAAGGUACUUUGGUGGGGAAUACGAAACACGAGCCAUGGCUGCACGAGCUGACUCCAGAGACCAAGCUUGUGAUUUUGAAUCAAGGGCUGCAUAUUCAAAAGGACGGGGAUCACACCAAGAGCCUGACAGCAGCGAUCCGGCUCAUUCGAAGUCGGCUCCCGCACGCGCUCGUGAUCUUUCGAAGCACCAGCAUCGGCCACCUCAGCUGCGAGAUGUAUGAAGGUCCACUUGCGUUGGAACAGAGCAACGAUCAGCUCCCUUACGGGUGGGAUAACGUGAGGAGGCAGAAUGAAAUUGCGAAGAAGAUUGCGGCCGACCUAGGCGUUGUGUACAUGGACGUUAUGAGGAUGACCGCUCUGCGUCCAGACUCCCAUCUGAAGCCUUUUCAAGAUCAGGACUGCUUACAUUACUGUGUGCCCGGGCCCCUUGACGCUUGGGUCUCGGUCCUCUACAACCUACUAUUAGCAAAUGCUACGCUUGCAUAAAUGAUAAAGGCACAUGCGCCAUUUGAGAAGAGCAGGAACAGUCGGUCGCCAUUCAGUAAACCGUACCAGCGUUCAAGCGUUCAACUUUCGUCAGGUCCGACGCUAAAUAUCAUCUAUGAAACGUUCCAGGAGUUCAGCGCAGACCUUACGUUACCUGCUAAAUUGUUUACCAUCAUACUGUCCGUUACCGCUUGUACUAUAAUUGGUGAGAUCUGGGCCAGACAAUCUAGAUUUCUAACGAUAUUAAGUGACUCUGGUACUGUAUCCACAAAUUAUAGCCAAUUUUUUAAAAGAGAUUGUCUUUCAGUUUUUGGCAGCUUUUUCUAAGUACCGUUUCUCAAUAAAUGUGCCGCAAAGUUGGAAGAUUUUCAGACUAAUUCCG